UUGCUCUAUAGAUUGUGCGCUGAUCCACUCCCAUUUCGUCGUUUCAAACCGUUUGGACUUCAGGACUUACGACUUAACUGUAUUUAGUCAUGGUCACGCGAGUCAGACCGAGCCGUAAGCGUUGUGCAGUCAUCGGGGGUUCAGGGUUCCUAGGCAGACACCUGGUGGAGAAGCUUCUGGACAAAGGCUAUGCUGUGACUGUUUUUGACAUCCGCCAGACCUACGACCUGCCCAGCGUCACCUUCCAUCAGGGGGACCUAUGUGACAAGCAGGCUCUACUGACAGCCCUGCAGGAUGUCUCUCUGGUGUUCCAUUGUGCGUCCCCUGCUCCAGCCAGUGAUGACCGGGAGCUGUUCCAGAGAGUCAACAUCCAGGGUACACGAACCGUCCUGCAGGCCUGCACCGAGGCUGGCAUACAGAAAGUGGUUCUGACCAGCAGUGCCAGUGUAGUGUUUGAGGGCACAGACAUCAAGGAUGGCAAAGAGGACCUUCCCUAUGCCAGCAAACCCUUAGACUACUACACCCAGACCAAGAUCCAGCAGGAGAAGAUUGUGCUGGAGGCAUGUGAUAAAGAGAAGGGUCUGCUCACUGUGGCCAUCCGCCCUCACGGGAUCUUCGGACCCCGAGACCCUCAGUUGGUGCCAAUCCUAGUAGACACAGCGCGCAGGGGCAAGAUGAAAUUCAUCAUCGGUGAUGGUUCCAAUCUGGUGGACUUCACCUAUGUAGAGAAUGUGGUUCAUGGUCACAUCUUGGCAGCCGAGCGACUCAGCCCAGACUCGACCAUCUGUGGCAAGGCAUACCACAUCACCAAUGACGAGCCAGUGCGAUUUUGGGACUUCAUGUCAGAGGUUUUGGUGGGUCUGGGCUAUGCUGCCCCUCAGUACCACCUUCCCUACUGGCUGGUCUACGGUCUUGCCCUCCUCCUUUGGCUGCUCGCCCUGCUGAUACACCCCCUGCUGGCCUUUAAACCCACUUUCACCCCCAUGAGAGUGGCACUGGCGGGCACACACCACUACUAUAGCUGCGUCCGUGCCAAGCAAGAUAUGGGGUACCAGCCGCUAGUGGGUCUGAAGGAGGGCAUUGCUCGUACUGUGGCCAGCUACCCCCACCUCAGACAUGGAGCCUGAUGUGUAUAUGUUUUGUUGAAGUGUUUAUGCGUGUGUGAAUAUGAAACCUCUCUUUUUGCCUUUGAGUCUUGGCUCACAGCACUCUAUCCUCACAGGUGGUGGUACGGAAUGGAAUUAGCAUAUCCUUAGAAACUGUUCAUUUGUUAUGUAAUUUUUUUUGUUUGUAGCCACUACUGCUAUCAAUUAUGACAUGCAGCGAUACAAAUAGUAGUUUAAGAAUUAAGUUCAACCUAAUGUGUUUUGUUUUUCUGAAAAUACAUGGUAUAUUUCUAUUGAUAUAACAUCUGUUGAAACCACGUAUAAUUGCAGUAACAUUGUAAAAUUUAACCUUUUGAGAUUAAAUUGACAGUUGACUUGUUCAUUUUGAAACAAGCAGCUUUGUUAAACAACUUCA